CGCGGGCCAACGAGGGAACAAUCUCUAUUCGGCCAUAUUUACUUAGCUUUUGAGGCGGAGUAGACGUCUUCGGGCACAAUCGGGGCGCAUCGGGAUAGAGAUGUCUCCCGACGCCCGGUGCUGAAUAUCGUCCUCUUCGCUAUCUCAACGGUGGAUAUUAUAUAGGCCAUUAGAUUGCUAACAGCCCCGGGGGAAGUUAACGUGUAUUGGCGUUUAAUCCAUUGAUGAAUAGACUUUACAUUACUUUGAUUCUAUCUUAUUCCUAAGCGAUCGCUCUACAUAUAAUGGAGCUCCGGAGCUUAGCGACCACCGACGCGGUGCAACCUCUUCUACUACGAAGUCUCGGGGCCCUCAUCGCUGUCUUGGUGGUGCGCAUUUUGUAUAAAGGCUAUAUCGAGCGUGGAAGAGUAGGGUCUUUGAAAGCCCAGGGAAUCCCGGUGCUACCGCAUUCUCUAUUAUAUGGCCAUCUACCUAUCUUCGCAGACUUUCGUGCCGUUCAUCCUCCGGAUAUCAAUGCAUAUCAAUUCCACAAUUGGCUUGCGACAAAUUCGAAGAAAUAUUUCCCGGACCAGGAUAGGUUACCUCCGGUAGUCUAUGUCGACCUCUGGCCUGUUGCAAAGUCUCUAGCGAUAGUCUACGAUCAAACCGCCGCGGCUCAGUUCAUACAGGCCAAGAGCCUUCCCAAGGAUCAUGUUAAUUUCGAGUUUAUGAAGCCGCUGACGAAUGGCCUCGAUAUUGUCUCUGCGAAAGGUGGGGACCUGUGGAAGAGAUGGCGGUCGAGGUUCAACCCCGGCUUCAGCUCGCGAAAUCUGACAGCCAUGCUCCCAGAGCUCAUCGAAGAGGUUCAGGUGUUUGCUGAUGGGCUCAAGAACUUGGCUGGUAAGAAUGGAGAGUGGGGUUCGGUCUUCCAGCUUGAAAAUAGGACCACCAACUUGACCUUUGACGUCAUCGUCAGAGCAUCAUUGGAUUUGCGACUCCACGAGCAAUCGCGUUCAUCCCCUAGUCCUUUCAAGACUGUUCUCAUGAAGCAGAUUGAGAUGAUGAAUCUGAUAGUUAAUAGCGCAAGAGCUUUCUCGUUGGGGAAGAUGCCUUGGGAUCACGCGGCUAUCAGACGAAACAACCAAGAGUUACGCGAAAUCCUACUACCACACAUAGAGAACAAAAUGCAUUCAGAUAUCAAUGCUAGCCAGAAAAAGACCAUCGUCGACCUUGCUUUGAAGUACAUCGACAAGGACGAUCCGAAUGCGUCACCGGAGAAGCCCGAUACCGAAUUUAUUGACAGGCUCAUAGCAAACGUGAAGGCGUUUAUAUUCGCCGGCCAUGACACGACAUCAUCAACUAUUUGCUUCAUGGUGAAGUUGUUGCAGGAUCACCCGGAGAGCUUGGCUAGGCUUCAAGCUGAACACGACUCGGUGCUUGGCUCCGAUCCGGAUAAAGCAGUAGAUAUUCUGUCGGCCUCGCCGCAUCUUCUCUACUCACUUCCGUACACGUUAGGCGUGGUCAAGGAGACAUUGAGGUUGAACCCUCUUGCAGCCACAAUACGCGAUAGCAUGAGCAUUCCAGGUUUCACUAUUACCGCUCCAGGGUCUCCGAUCAAGUAUCCCCUGAAUGGAUUCGGGGCUUGGGUGUCUGCCCCUGGGAUCAUGCGCCGCUCUGACUACUGGCCCCGACCGGACGAGUUCCUGCCAGAACGCUGGGUAGCUGUCGAAGGCGAUCCACUUCAUGUUGAUAAUAAGGACACCUGGCUCCCGUUCUCACUAGGUCCGAGAAACUGUGUCGGAAUGGAGUUAGCCAUGAUUGAACUCAGACUAGUCUGUGUUGUGAUAGCACGGACUUUCGAUAUUAGGGAAGCGUGGGAAGAAUGGGACAAGAUACAAGGUCCCAAGGCCACACCUACGCACCUUGUGAAUGGCAAACGUCUUUAUGGGAUUGGAAAUAGUACGGUGCAUCCGAAAGACGGUAUGCCGGUCCAUGUGAGAAUGCGGAGCUAUCGAUCCGCUACCAGCAGUUGAGAGAAUUAUUGUGUUC